ACCUUUCGGAAUCGGGAACAAGCCGGGCGCUGCCUCAUCCAAGACCCCAAACACCACUGCCACGCACUCCACCGCCGACACCAAGGGGACAAACCGGGCGCGCAUACUCUCGGCUGUCUUCUGCGCCUUGCCUACCUGACACACCACCACUCCCCGAGGCCUCGCGCCCGGUCAUCACCGCCGACAUGUCCGCCGCACGCACCCAGGUCCUCUCCCUCUACCGCCGCGCCCUCAAGCUCUCCCUCGACUGGGCCGUCCACCGCUACAUCUGGCGCGGCCAGGCCUUGUACAUCCGCUCCCUCUUCGAAGCGAACAAGAACGUCACACAGCCGAGACAGCAAGCAGCUCUCAUCGAAGAAACAAAACAACUACUAGAGAAGUGGAAGCACCCCGACCCGUACAGACCACCAACCGCUCCCGGUGGAAGCAAGUACGAGCGAAACUUGCCUUGCCCCAAUUUGGACCCUCCGCCGCCAAUGCAUCUGUAGAAGAGGGACGAGAAGAGAGAGGGUUUCCAGACACCACAUUGUAAAUAUGGCACAGCAAGUGGCUGAAAGAACGCUACAGCUGGGGCAUGCAUUGGCAUCAAAUGAAGAUUUUCUUUACUUGUGAAUUGCGCAUUGCUCGCUCCACCCGAGAUAUC